UGUGAGUUAUUCACGUGUCAAAGCGCACACGUUGACGCAGGCAGAGAGCCAAGCGUGCUGUGAACAUACACACCUGUUCACUGCUCCGAAAACUUGACAUAUUGAAGAGCAAAUACAGCGACAAAAGUAGCAUUUCAACUGUUGACCGCUUUCUUCCUAAUUUUCUUCGAGCACCUUCGGCGAACGAAAGUAGCAGAAAUGGCACCGAAACAGAGAAUGCGCAUUGCUAACGAAAAAGCCACGAAAAACAUUAUGCUUCGCGGAAACGUUCCGAAGUCGUCGAAACCUCAAGAUGAAGGAUCUCCGGUCGGACCAUGUCUACUAGCACUUUUCCUUUUUGUUGUAUGCGGUUCUGCUGUAUUUCAAAUAAUUCAAAGUAUUAGAAUGGCUUAAGAAAAAUUACAAGCACACAAAGUUAAGAAAAUAUUGCCGUUACUGUUAAUAUGAAAAAACUGUCUGCAAUGUAUUGGUAUACAAGCGAGAUUAACAGACUGUUUUAUUGCAUAUUUGUAAAAAUGUAGGCAUUGUAAUGCUGUUGACACAAAUUGAAUUCAAAUUGUCACCGAAUAUUAUUUUUCAUUUGCUACAACUUGAGGGAUUUAUUUAUAAAAAUUUAGCAUUUAUAAACAUUUUUACUUCGAUUGCAUUAUGUAUCGAUUGUGUCGAUGAAAGAAGAAUGCAUUUAAUGAAUUUUGUUUAAAAAUUUCAGAUGAAAUAUUGCAUAUUAAGUGCAGUCAUUCAACGAUUUUAAUUUUAUCAAUUUGCACAGUGAUUUUCAUGUAGCUUUCCAUAAGAAAUGUGAAUUCUUCCAUCGAUACAUAUUAUAGUAAAUAAUUGUAUAUACAUAUAAUCAAUUUAUCGUAUGGAUUCAUUAAUCAAAGCAUUCCACUGUAAGCAGUUGGUAGCUUUUGGUUGCUAUGUAUUUUAGAGGCCUUAAGAACAUGAUAGGUCCUUAUAUACAUGUAAAAAUAUAUAUAAUGUCAAUGUAAUUUAUCCUAAUGAAAUAUUUGCUACUGACAGUUCAUUGUCUCUUUUAAUAAAUUAUAUUAUGAAUAAAUAUUAA